AUGGCAAAUGCAUUCUUCUCGUUCACACCAUUUGAUUUCGAAAUCCAAGGCGGUUUGAGUCCACCCCAGCUUGAAGAUUAUGACAUAGAAGACACAGUAAUGUUCAAUGUUCGCAAGGGAGACCAUUUGUUUGGUCUAGAAGAUCAGUUGGGAGAAAUGAAUACUCCUUCUGAACAUGGUUUCUACCUAGACAACAACAAGGCCAAGAAAGGAGUAGUAGAAUCCCAUUUGUCCAAAGAUCAAAACCAACACCAUGAUCUUGACCACCAACAGCAACAACAGCAAUCCAAGCCAAACUUUCUGAUUUUGGAUAACUUCAACUCCGAGACUGUUUCUUCUCAACGUGGUUUCUAUCAUGCCAAUAAGGCCGGGAAGGAUCACCAACACCACCAUCACCAAGAACAGCAACAAUAUUCGAAGUCAAGUUCUUCAAAUUUGGAGAAUUUCAGCAGCUUUGAUUUUACCUUUCCCUCAGGACAAGUUACACAACCAGUUGAAGAUAGUGCUUGGUUUACACACAGCCAGAUAGGAGGCUCAGACAUAGUUGAAACUAUCAAGAAAAUGCAGCCGCCUCAGUCUUAUCUAGCAACACUGGAGCUCCUAAACAGUUAUGGAAGCGCCUUCAAGAAGUUGAGGGGGGGAAGACAAAGAAAUAGCAGGAUAGUUAAAGGCAAAGAAAUUGAUCAAAACAGCAGCUAUGUUGUUAGUGGUAAACAGAAACUAUCAAUCGAAGAGGUCAUGAGGGUUGCUGGAGCAAGGUUUGUGCAAUUCUCUAGUCAGGGGUAUGAAUACUUUUACAUGUCUAUGCACCCUUUUGGCUAUGCACUUUCAGGUCUUUGCGAAGAAGAAACGAAAGAUGUAGAACUUGCUCACUUACUCUUAGCUGCAGCAGAGAAAGUAGGGUACCAGCAAUUUGAAAGAGCAAGCAGAUUACUUCUGCAGGUUGAAUGGCUUGCAUCCUUCAAAGGCACUCCUGUUCAGAAAGUUGUGUGCUACUUCGCGGAGGCACUUCGUGAGAGGAUUGAAAAAGAAACAGGACUCUAUACAUCUAAGGGAAAUGAAGAAAUGUCUCAUUAUGUACAUGGUUUGGGGACAAACCUUGCAUUCAUCGCAUGCCACCAAGAAGUCCCUUUCCAUCCAGUACUGCAGUUCGCGGCAAUCCAAACCAUGAUAGAAAAUGUUGCAAAUGAGAGUAGGAUCCAUUUAAUUGAUCUUGAAAUCAGGUUUGGUACGCAAUGGACAGGGUUGAUGGAAGCACUAGCAGAACGUGAGGAAUGCCCGGUUGAGCUUCUUACUAUUACUGCUGUGGGAGUUAGAGGCAAACAGAAUAUAAAGGAGACAGGGGAGAGGUUGACAAGUGUUGCAAUGUCCUUGAACCUACCCUUUCAAUUUAAGGAAGUUAUUGUUUCAGACAUGCAAGACAUUAAUGACCGUUUAUUCGAUGAAAUUGAAGAUGACCAAGCAUUGGUUGUGUACGCGCCAUUAGUACUGAGGACAAUGAUAGCAAGGCCUAGGUGCUUGGAGAACUUGAUGAGAGUGAUGAGAAAUAUCAACCCUUCUUUGAUGGUGGUCAUUGAAGUGGAAGCUAACCAUAAUUCACCAUCGUUUGUGAACCGUUUCAUUGAUGCAUUGUUUUACCAUAGUGCAUUUUUCGAUUGCGUUGAAACCUGUAUGACAGAGGGGAAGAGUAGGGUGAUCAUGGAAGGCUUGUUGCGAGAGGGAAUCCGGAACAUAGUGGCGGCUGAAGGGAGUGAAAGGGUUGCUCGAAGUGUGAAGAUGGAUGUGUGGAGGGCCUUCUUUGCGAGUUUUAGUAUGGUGGAAAUGAGCUUUAGUAACACAUCAUUGUAUCAAGCUAAUGAGAUUGCUAAAGAGGUCAGUUGCACAACACUUGAUAAAAAUGGAAAAUGUCUCAUUGUUGGGUGGAAGGGAACCCCAAUUCAUUCGCUUUCAGCUUGGAAGUUCCGUUGA